UAAAAUUUUCUAGCCCUAAUUAAUUAAUGUUAGGUACCUUUGUAGAUGUUAAGUUAAUCGCCCAAUCCAUAGGGUUAAAAUAAAUUUCAUGUUCUUACUUUAUUAAGUCCUAUAGAAAGUCGAAUUGGAUCGUAUGUAUGCAAUGCGAUCCUCGAAUCUGAUUGAGAUGAUACAAUCCAUAAAAUCUGAUCGAGCUUAAAGAAAUCCUUAGUUAUCAUUAACCUCAACCCUGCUUUGUUGCCAGCGUACCCAGAGUAUAAGCUGUAAAGGUAUAAUAGGCAAUUAAAUGUAGUCAUAUUCCCUCCCUAUUAUCCAAAACAUGGGGUACAAAUAUGAGGUUUUAUGAAAACCUAUAAAUUCAAAUUGACUUUUUACUUGUAUCGGUCUUAAAAUAUUUAGAUCCGGUUUGGCUUAGCAUUUAGAUGUAAUUUUAAAGGUAUUAAUCAAUGGUGGUGUUGCUUUAAAGGCGGCUAACUGAAAUAAAAAUGUACGUAUCUGCUUGCGUAAAAGAUAAUAAGACAGUUUACUAAUAUAUAUCGCAGUUUACUAAUAUAACCAAUCAUAUUGUGCUGUGCUUCAUUCGAAAUUCAUGUUUAUUUAUCGUUAAUGAUCACUAAAUCAUAGCAGUAAAAAUAUAAAAUAACAUUUCAGUUCUUCCAGAAAUUCAUUAAAAUCUUUGAAAAAUAGCCUAACGAUUUAGACUGGCAAGACAAUAUCUAUAACUAGAUUUUCAUUGCAUUGUAUCUACCUUACUAUGAUUAUUAUAUUCUUACCUUAAAUACAUUAAAACUUACACAUAUAGCAUCCAAAGUAUAGGAAAUCUUAAUUAUUAAAUAUGUGUGGGUAGGCCCAAUUAUUCCCUAUUUUAAAAAUGUUAUCCAACUUACAUGACUUAUAACCAAUAGCAAUACAUUAUUAUUCUUCAUAUAUAGUAUUAUACUUUUCUAAUUUAAGAAAUAAAUAAAUAUAAUCUAAAUAGACACUCAAAAAAUAUUUACAUUCACAUUUCUUACUUUAACAUUACCAUUAAUUUCUUCCAACAAACAAAUACCAACUCACCAAUUAUUAGAAAGAGAAGAUAAGAAAACCAGUAAUUGUAUUCGUAGAAAUGGGUAUCUAUUUAGAAACUGAGAUCGCAAAAAGGCCGUUUUUUUGUUAGCAGUUGGCGAAACGGUAUUGUUCCGGCUUAAGAAGGGCGUACAAUGACUGCAGUAAGGGUGCAAUGAAAGUUUUACCUGCGAAAAUGCAUUGAACCCAACAAGGGUUGUCUUAGUCACUUACCGAUUCUCAGCGUGAUUAGUUGGUAAAAAUGUCGUCGAAGAGUAAAAUAGAAAAAUGGUUGCUAGCCGAUUGGAGCACAAGUCGCAGCACAGGAUCUAAAUUCGGUGAAGAAGCAAAGAGCCUUCCAAUAUCCACGGAUCGAAAUGAGAGCGGAAAUGAAAUAGACCGGAAGGAAUGCCAACCGAAGAAAUCCACAGCAAGCUAUGGCCACAAUGAUUCAGGAGCCGGUGGAAGUCUGCCUAAUGAGGACCAGGACUACUCACCGAGUACUUCGUCAUGGGAACCAUCUAACGGUCAUUCUGAUGACUCUGACGAAGAAGUAGAUAAAGAAAACAAUCUACAACAAUACCUCCGGCAAAUAUCAAUAAAAAGGCGUAACAAAAAGAACAUGACUCCGGUACACAGGCCGAAUGCAGUUGUAAAAGUAUUGCAGGAACAAAAAUUGAACGCUAACCAGAGUCGUAAAAGAAAACACAAUGAAAUACAGCAUCAUACCAAAAGUUUCGUAACCGAUUCAACGAAAAAAACCCAACCUAAAAACACAAUGAAUAUACAUUUAAAAAACGUUUUGGAAAUCAGAGAGACUUUCCAACAGUUGUUUGGUAUGAUAAACGAUUUAAAGGUUAAAACUAUGGGAACCAUAAUAAAUGAAACUUUAAAUAAUAGCGAAAAUGUAAAAGAAAAAAGUUUUGAUGAUAUACUCAGUCCGAGGAGUGAAGAAUCCAAUCGUUCUGAUGAUAAUGUAUUGAUAACUAAUAAAUACAGCACAGUUGGUUCUGUUUCAAGCAAUGAACAUAAUCGGGAUAAAUUACAAGAUGAAUGGGUUCCUAUUGGAAGCGGUAAAACGCUCAUACACAAAGACAAAUACAGAAAAGUAAAUUGGAAAUCUUAUACUAUUGCGACGAGAACUUUGUUACUGGCAACAUUUCCUAGAAGGAUACUGGCAACGCAUUCUUUAACCGGAAAACGAUCGCCGGCUUUUCAAAAUAAACCCGCCAAAAUGUGUUUAGAUCCAAAGAUCGUGUCGGAUGUACUUAUAGAAAUAACAUCAAAAUUCAAAGUUAAGGAAAACUUAGUUAGGAGUAUAAUAACAACAAAAUGCGCCGAUGAGGCGAAAAUGUACAAAAUGAGAUUAGAAGGUAAGAAAAAAAUUUCAAAAGCAAGACAGUCUUCCAGCGAUCAUGAGGAUGUACCAUUACAAAGUUUGAAAAAAGACAGAAAUAGUAAGUAGUUGUUGGUGAAGUUUAUAAGUAGAUUUUAAGGAUAAUUAUUACUUAGGUGGCCCUGAGAUGUAAUUUUUUUAAAAGAUGACUGAGUCAAAAAUCACUUUCUAUUAUGUGAUUUUAAACGUAACUAAAUUCCUAAUUAAGCAUAUUAUGUGGCAACAAUGACGUCAUUCGAUUGCUGUUUGUCGUAU